UGACAGCAGAAUGGGAAAAGCCGAUUGCAGCAGGCCCAGGAGGAUGCGGAGGAGGUGAAGGACAUCAUGCUGGAGAAUCUUAACAAGGCGGAAGAGCGAUCUGGUAAACUGGGUGACCUGGAAGACAGAGCUGAUGAGCUGCUGAGAAAGAGUAAAGCCUUUGAGAAGAAAUCCAAUCAAGUAAAGGAAACAAAAAGAUGGAAGAAUAAGAAGAUGAAAAUUAUUUUAAUUGCAGUCGCAGUCGUUGUGGCCCUUGUCGUAGUUGGACUCAUCAUCUUUCUCACUGCAUCAUAG